GUCCUAACACGAGGCAUAAUCAUCACAUCACAGGCUUCCUCGCAAUCCAACUUACCCGUAUUCCUAACUCCAUACCCCACCUCAUUUACUACCUUUCAUCAACUCAAUCCGUCAAUAUUCAUAACCCCUCCUCUCAUGGCAACACUAUUCCAAACUCCCACCGAAUCUUCAACGCCCGCAGAUUUCGAACCUGACGAACAAUGGAAGUCUCGUCUCAAACUCGACAUCGAGAACAACUUACGUUCAAUGGUCGACGAAGCUAAACAGAACCUUCACGACACUCUCAAGAAAGCCCCAGUCUCCGCUGCAGAGCGUGAGCGAUUGGGAGACGAACACCUCGCUACUAUGAAGAACAUACGUAAUCUUGCCGAGGAGCAAUUUCGCAUCGCACUAGAACGUGAGCGCCAAGAACGCCGCUGGAUUGCCGGUCAGACCUUAGAUCAGGGUUGGUCCGAGAGUAUCAUAGAGGAGCAAAAGAUGAUUCUCAAAAGGAUUGAAAGAGAGCGCAAAGAUAAAGAUAAAGAUAAAGCUCCUCGUCCUUCUUCAUCAUCUUCAUCCUCUUUCCAUCCUAUCCCAGGCGCUUCAGAUUCUCGUUCACCCGAACGUGCUAUACGCACUCCCCACGAGAACACGGAGUUUGAGCACGAGGCAGAUUACUUCCCUACCGAGGAUGACCACGUACCACCUCGCGAUACCGGCAAGGCUCGUGCCGGGUCCGUCAGCAGCGUAGUAGGAUCAUACAAGCCACCUCCCACGUUGGAUACAACAGACAGAGCUUUCGAGCGCCCAAAGCCUUCACCCAUCAUCGACGAAUCAGACGACAUGCCUAGAGCCCCUCGUUCAGCUACCGAUGCCCAAGACAUCAGACGCGGAAGCCUCCGCCGCAAAGUCAGCCUUUCAACCAGACAAAUCCCAGAAUUUUGGAUGCCGUCCAUCACGCCUGAAGAAGACGCCCAGAUGUCUCGUACGUUCAGUAUGGCGCGUCGUGGGAGCAUUGCGAGCAAUACUUCUUCGUAUCGGGCACCAUCUGUCCUCAAUAUCCCGUUUUCUGCCGAACCGCAUGAUAUACCUACGAGUGCCUUGGACAGGGAGAGAGAUCGCAUUUCGCUCGUGGAUCAGGAGUGGAGUGGGAUUGAUAGAGCGAGGGAUAGAGAGAGGACAUCGUCGUAUGCUUAUGCUGAAGCUAGGACUGGCAUAUUGUCUCAGCGGAUGGACGAGCGGUAUCAACCGCCGCCGAUACCCAGUGCAAGCUCUACAAUCGCCGCAGUCUAUUCUCGUUCCUCGGAUAGCCCCAUCAACACAGUUUCUGUCGGAUAUUCUCGCCCCUCGGAUAGCCCAAGCAGCACAGUCCCCAUCGGGUAUACACGUUCCACAGACAGCAGCCGUCCACACGCGCCCCCACCUAGCGCCAGCAGGCCCAUUGCCACCAAGAAAUCCUUCACAUACGAUGACGGUGGUUUCCAAUCCAGUCCUAGUCCCAAAGGCUGGACAGGUCCCAGCCGUUCCCCCUACGAAACUCGCUAUGAAAACCCUCGCUACGAAAGCUCUCGUUCCCCCCAAACCCCAGAAGAAGUCCCCCGAAGCUGGCAAUCAUCCAACCUCCGCGCGAGAGUGUCUUCGCAAGACAUGCGUUAUGGGUAUAUCUCGGGUGCGGGUGCAGGUGCAGGCGCAGACGGGUAUUAUCCUGCGCGGCCUGUUCAUACGCAUCAUGAAGUGUCUGAGGGGGAGUAUGAUGAGGACCUCGAUGAUGAUGCUGAUGCUGAGUGGAGGGACUAUGAUGAGCGCCAGACGAGGAGGAGGGAGGAAGAGUAUGAUGAGCGGGUGAUGAGGAGGAGAGAGGGGGAGUAUGAUGAGCGGAGGGUGAGGCAGCGAGAAGACAGUUUUAGGAGGAGGGUGGAGGAUGUUGCUAGGCGGGAGCAGGAGUUGAGGAGGAGGGAGGAUGAUGCGAAGAGGGAGGAGGAGGCGAAGUUAAAGGAGGAGGAGCUUAGGAGGAAGGAGGAGGAGACUAAACGCAAGGAGGAUGAGAUCAAACGCAAGGAAGAGGAAGCUAAACGCAAGGAGGAGGAAGCUAAACGCAAGGAGGAGGAUGCUAGGCGGAGACAGGAGGAGGCUGAGCGGAAGGAGGAGGAAACGCAGCGCAAAGAGGCCGAGAUCCAGAGAAAACAGGAGGAAGCGAUGAAGAAGGAGGAAGAAACCAAACGUAAAGAAGACGAAAUCAAACGCAAGGAGGCACAAGCCAAGAAGAAAGAGGAAGAAGUCAAGAAGAAGGAGGCGCAAGCCAAGAAGAGAGCGGAAGACCUCAGAAGACAGGAGGAGGAAGUAGCGCGACGGUUAGACGAGGAAGAAAGACGCGUCUCACUGGACAUCUUACGCAAAUCGCAGGAGGCGAAACGCAAGGAAGACGAAGUUCGACGCAAGGAGGAAGACGCUAGGCUCAAAGAAGAGGCGGCGCGCGCUAAAGAGGAAGAAAUCCGGAGGAAAGAAGAAGAACUUGCGCGACGGGAGGAAGAGCUGCUUCGUCGAGAGGCGGAGGCGAUCCGCAAAUCCGACGACAAGCAGAAAGUCCAACAGGAAGAAUUUCGGAAGCGCGAAGAAGAGAUAAGGCGUCAACGUGCGGAAGAAAAGAAGAGGCAGGAAAGAUGGGACUGGGAGUCCUGGGGUUAUUAUGGACCGGAGCCAAGUCGGCCCACGCCACCUCCCCAGAUGUCUACUUCUCAAUCUUCUUCGUCUUCUACAGGACCUUGGCCGAUUCCUAAUCGUAACGACCGUAGCAUGCCUGGACCGAGUCCGCCUACAGAUAAGAACAGCGCAGGAUCGACCGGAACUAGCCGUAGCAGCGCAACUUGGUCGUCCUCGACUCGGCCGAGCUCGACUGCUAGUUCGCAGCCACCGAGUACGCCUAAACCACCGACGCCGUCAGCCCAACAGAAUGCCAAAACGGCACCCGGUCCCCCUCUCACCCCCAUGUCAGAAGCCGAGUUCCACCGUCGUCAAGCUGAACAAGCUCAGCAGCGCGAGGAACAGUUCCGCCGAGAGCAAGCCAAGUUGGAGCAGGAAAGACUGUUGAAAGCUGGAAAGGCCUGGAACAAGCAAGACACCAUCAAGCUUUUCGAGCACCAUCGUGGUCAAUGGGAUAAAUUGCAGAUGCCUGGCAUGAACGGCGUGUUGAUAUGGGACGAUUUCCCGUGGCCUGUUUUCAAACGGCCUAGCGGCCCCGAUGAUGUUACGACUCCUGGCGUCACGGCUUAUAUGUUGUCGUCUCUGCAUCCUGUCGACAGGUCUAUGAAGGACCGAAUCAAGGAAAACAUCAGACGAUGGCAUCCUGAUCGGUUCGAGACGCAGCUAUUGCCGAAAGUCAAGGAGAGCGAUAGAGAUAUCGUUCGAGAAGCUGCUGGUACUGUAGUGAGGACGCUGAACGAUCUUUUACGCUCAAGCACUCAAGAGUUUUCUUGAGAUAUACGGACUCUUUCAUAUGUAUGAUACCCCCUCUCAAUCAUUUGUACGCAUGGAUAACAUCUUAUGACACUGUGUAUAAGAAUCAUUGAAUAUCAUUCUGGUUUUUUUUUCGGGUU